UCUAUCGACCGUUUUCCACCUCUAACCAAGAAGCAAUAGACCGACCAUAAACAAAAAAAAUAAUAGCACUUUAAGUAGAGAGAAAUACAUUAAAAUAAUGCAAACCGAACACUGGGGCGUCUUGCUCAAUGAUGACGACAGUGGUGCCUUACCGGCCGACAAGUAUGUGGCCACCGGUGCGAAAAAGCCCAAGCUGGACGAGAUACGACAACGCGGUGAACAAUUCCCGGUGACAGAUUUGCACCACACAGUGGAGCUAAAGAGCUCGGUGGUGACGCAAACCAUCGAAGUGAUGAAACAAACCGAAAUGCUGCAGUCCCUCAUUGACACCUACUCGACGAAGAACGGCAGCUCCAACUAUCUGCUGAAUCCCUGCCAAAUGAUACCGGAAGUGGACUUUCCGCCAGAGAAUGCCGCCGACCUGGUAAGCGAGCAAAAGUUUCAGAAACCCAUCUGGUUUAUACCCACAGUGGAUACGCCAUAUUCACGCGGUGAUCCGCAAUCGUAUCCCGAGCUCUCGAGCAACACUUGCCGACACACGCUGCGUAAAGUGAUGUGCGGCCUGUUGCGACUCGCCGGCUUCACCGACUCCUCGGAGACGGCGGUGGUGCUGCUUACAGAUGCGGCCGAGGAUUUUAUGCGCAGCUUUGUGGAAGAGUAUCGUGGCUUCUAUGACAUUGAGCCAAAGCUGCAGAAGUCUACAAUGCUGCGACUGCAGCCACUGGAGCAGGCGUACUUCAGCAUGACGGGCACAUCGCUGACCCAGGUGCACAACUAUUAUAAGCACAAAGUGAUAACGCGCAAUCGCACUGAGAUUGCCGAGUUCAACAGCGUGCUGCAAGAGUACGACAAGCUGAUGAAGGAGAGCCAAAGCAGUAUGCAGAAACAGCAGCAACAUCAACAGCAGCAGCAGCAGCACAAUCAUCACGAAUUCAAUGGCCAUGACUUUCUCAACAUACUCGAAAUGCAGCCGGGCAACGGAAACAGCGGCGGCGGCGGCGGCGUCGUCGAAGAUGGCAACAACAGCACCACGGGCAGCAACAGCAUGGGCAACAUUAUGGGCGAGAUGCUGCAGGAGUUGGGUGGCAGCACCAAUUCCAGCAUCUCGCUGAGUAACGUGAGCAGCAGCCAGCAGCAGAUGAUUAGCAGUAAUGCCUUGUAUGGUCUUCUCGAAGGUCAACUAACCAAUAACAACACCAAUUCAACCUCAGCAUCGAAUGUGCCUGCCUCCAGUUCUGGCUAUCAGGCUAAUUUCGAUACCUAAUCUUAAAAAUUGUAGUAAUUAACGUAGUUAGUAACAACCCACAAACCACAAACCACAUGAGGACAGCCGCUGUUUUCCUCCUUCAUCCCUGUUGGUGGGCGAACUAAAUUUUCCACUGGGG